GAGAUGUCAGCGUCCGCGCACCGCCCACUCCUCUCGGCUCUGUUGUUGUUUUUGCUCAUCCAUCUGCAGCUCCAGCCUCAGUCCCACGUCCAGGCCGCUCCGGGCCGUUCGCAUGCAGCAGAAUGGUUCGGCGUCUCCCGGUUCUGUGGAGGGGAGCGACAGGGAGCGUCAGCCGCCCCUGUCCUUCAGCCAGCUGCCCAUCGCCACGACGACGCGAGUGAGACGCUUCAUCCAGGAGCGGCGGGCGCUGCCUCUGCCCAGAGUGAUGGUGGUGUUCUCGGCCGCGGGGGACACUGACAAACCGGGCAAUGCCAUGAUCAGCUCGGAGUCCCUUGAAGGCAGCGCUCGGAAGGCUCCCCCCUCGUCCCCGGGCCCGAACCUUAGUCUGACCAGGCCUCUCCGGUCGUCUCUGGGCGGACAGGAGCUGGAGUUCCCAGAGAUCUUGUCGCUUAAUGUGGGGGGCACGUACUUCACCACGCGCCUGUCUACACUGCAGCGCUAUGACGACACCAUGCUUGCUGCCAUGUUCAGCGGGCGCUACCACAUCCCCCAAGACUCAGAGGGACGCUACUUCAUCGACCGUGAUGGACACUACUUUGGGGAUGUCCUGAACUUCCUGCGAGAGGGGGAGCUUCCGCCCCGAGAGCGCGUCCGAGCGGUCCACAGGGAGGCUCAGUACUACUCCAUCGGGCCACUGCUGGAACAACUGGAGGACACCCAGCCUCUAACCGGGGAGAAGGUCCGACAGGCCUUCCUCGACCUGCUGCCCUACUAUAGAGACAACCUGGAGCGUAUCGUGGAGAUUGCCAAACUGCGAGCCAUGCAGAAGAAAGCACGUUUUGCCAAGCUGAAGAUCUGUGUGUACAAAGAGGAGAUGCCCAUCACACCAUAUGAGCGCCCUCUCUUCAACUCUCUGCGCUUCGAGCGCUCGGACAGUGAGGCUAAGCUGUUUGAGCACCACUGUGAGGUGGAUGUGUCCUUUGGGCCCUGGGAGGCUGUGGCAGAUGUCUAUGACCUGCUGCACUGUAUUGUGAGUGACCUGGCAGAGCGCGGCAUCUCUGCAGAGCAGCAGUGUAUUGGAGUGUGUGACAAACACCUCAUCAAUCAUUACUACUGCAAGAGACCCAUCUACGAAUUCAAGAUCACUUGGUGGUGACAGACUACACCCGUUUGUGCUAAGGACUAAGCCUGCAGCUCGAAUACAAUCCUAUGGAUGUGUAAUUCUCUACUUUAGCUUUAAGAAAUACUUUAUAUGGCUGUAGACAAUAAUCGCACAUCAAAGUGCUGUCCCGUAGAACAUUUAACCCACUCUAGGCCACAUGUCAUUUCAGUCUGUGAUGGUUUUGUAAAAACUAACCAUUGUUUAACCAAUGCUGCAGCUCAGGGGCCCCAUAUAAAGCUUGUGUAAGCUUCACACCAGGUCACAGUUGCUGUAUAGAACUUUCUGCUCCCAGUUUGCUUCUCAGAUUUGCAAUGAUGUCCACAGCAAAGCUUCCAUAUGAAACCUACUUUUCAACGUGCACAAGCUACAUGUAACCCAUCCAUGGAACUAUGAGAUGUUGUCUCAAACAGAAUGUUUUGUAAGCGCAUUCUCUCUCCAGAGGGACACUGCACUAAUCACAACAGAACCUUGACUGUUUUAUGUUAUAAUAUAGAUGAUAGAUGUUAUUUAUUUAAUAUUGUCUUGCAUAAAUGUUUUUUAUACCC